UCUGGCCACACUGGUCUUGGCCGCAAAAAUUGUUUCUGUAAAUUGGGCGCCAUUUGGUUCUAAUUUCGUUAUUUACAGACAAAAUAGGACAAACUGGCUAAUUCGGCGGGUGGUGGGGCCAAUAGGCCGCCGGGAUUCAUGUCGACCCAGGAGCGCAAUGACCACAUAGCCGCCGAACUGCAGAAUUUGAUCAGAAACCUGAUCGAUCCAAACAUUUCACCGCGGGAACUGUUGCGGCAUGAGCAGAUGGCAUGGAGGCUGAUACGGAACGAUCGUUUCAUGAGCACCAACAGCCAUGAUGUCAGUCGACGGCUGGCGGCUCUGGUGGAGCGGUUUCGGGUGGAGAACAUGAGCACAUUUGGGGACACCGUCAAGGAUCUGUGCGACAAGAUCCUGUCGAAUCCGGACCACGAAGUCACCCAGUCGGAACAGGAUGUGCUCUGGUCCCUGCUCGACUUUGUUCUGGAGAUGACGAACGAGCCAGUGCAGAACAUUCGACGGAAUCGUGGUGGCAUGGAUCGGCGCCGCGUGCACGUCCUUGACGCUGUGGACGAUGCCGAGCGGUUGUCCAGUGGCGCCUGCACACCGUCAAGCAAUGCUGCCGAGGGAGAAAUCGACUGGGUGGCGUUGCUAAGCGAGGAUUUUGUUCCACCGCUUUCCCCGGGCAGCAGUUCUUCGGAUAAUUUGAGUGAUUGGUCAGACACGGAUGACUCCAGCGGGACAAGCACUGGCAAGCCAGAACUGGGGAUAAACACCUCGUUAGACCUGCUGGACAUGAACCAUGUCUACGAGCGGGCCAUGGAGGAGGCGGAGAAAGUGACCCUAACCAGCGAGCCACACACCUUCCUGCCCUCGCCGCCUCGCUCCAGCCGCAGCAACUUCCGGAUCACCCAGCCCCAGGUGCUGACGCUGAACAACCGCCAUCGGGAUCGUCUCAGGCAGAGUCGGCUGACGUCCCUGCCGCCGCUGCAGCCUCCCAAGCUGGCCACCGACGUAGAACCUAGUGUGCAGGAUCCGGAGCGCUUGCCGCGCCUCGUCCACAGCUAUCGGUGGGGGCCGGAUGUCCAAAUCUUCACCAAGCCCUCUAGCCCUCAUCCGAUGGCCAACUUCGCGGUCAGCUACGGGCAGUUUCUCAAGCGCAAUGUCUGCGGCCUUAUCGACUACCCUCUGCCCAGCACCACAUCGGAGAGCUAUCUGCUCAGGGAGAUCCUCUUCAUGUUCGUCCGGCCGAAUACGUGUCGGUUCUUCGAGGUGAACAAGAUCACGCGGAAGAUCACAGUGCGGGAGAAUGUCAGCAUCUGCAGUGUCACAGAGGGCACCAUACGCCACAUCCUCAACACGGAGAUCCUGCGGGCGCUGCGCGACAUGUGGAAACUGCGGCGGGUGAUCGAGUCGAAUAUCAUGUACCUGGGCUAUGGGAGCACAGGAACUCUGGGGUGCUUCUUGUACGGUCUGAGGGACCUUCUCCAGCCUAUAAUCGCCUCCCUGCUGGAGUACGAGGUGUUCGUCCACAAGGAGCCCACAAAAGCCACUCUGCUCGACUUUAUCGGGCGGUUCCGGGAGCAGUUCCGAGAGCUUCACAUCCUACGCCGCCUGGUGGACGAUGUGGUGCUGGACAUCGGCCCGCGCUACCUUCGCAGUGCGUUCUUAUUGUCAAAGCUUUACAGGCACACCAUGCCCCGUGUGCCGCACCAGAAACUGGCCACCGCCCUGCUCAUGAUCUCCCUGAAGCGCUACUGCAACAUCAUCGAUGCCUGGUGGAGCCGGGCCUCGCUGGAGGACUUCCAGAACGAGUUCAUCGUGGAGAGGUGGGUGGAUGAUGGGGAUGUGGAACAGAAUGGAACUGUACGCCGGAGGAGUCUGGACGAGGUGGAAGAUCCGAGGGUGCGGGAGGUGUUCGCUCAGGUUCAGCGCUGUCCCUUCUACAGGCUGCUGCUCGAGCACGCCCUGGACUCCGGGGACUCGCAGGAGUUGCUGGCCAACGUGGGUCUCUUGGGCGAGAUGCUAUCGGCCACGAAUGACACGAAGCCGCGAUCUCUGUUCGAGGAGCUGGCCGACCAGUUGAUCACCCAGGUGAAGGUCUACUCGCCCCGCAUGCCCUCGGCCGAGGAAGUGGAGAACAUCGAUCCCAAGGAGGCACUGACCCAGGAGAACAACAACCAGGUCCUGGCGGCGGCCAGCGAUGUGGUUAAUCCGGAUGUGCGGGCCCUGCUCGUCAGCUGGGUGGAUGAGAGGAUGGAGGAGCGACGGGUCAGCAAGGAGCUGCGCAAGCCCCUGCUCGUAAGCACGCUCCUGAAGCGACUGGAGGGCGCCACGGGGAUGCAACUGCGCGUGGAGCUGCCGGAAGCGCUGGGCAAGAUCCUCCUCCGGCGCCAGACUCUGGCGAAUGUGUAUGCCAUGCGGGCGUACACGAAGGAGCUGCAACUGGGCGGACAUAUGCGCUUCCUGCGCCACUCGAUGCUCCUGGAGGCCUACUUUGUACUGUUACCCUUCUACCAGACGCUCUUCCGGCGGAUCGAGAGCGGCGAGACCUGGACGCGCGCCUCCCAGCUGACCUCCGAGCUGUGCGAGGUUCAGUACACGCACCAUCCGAAUUUCGCCUGCGACAUGCACUUCCAGGUGACUUCCAGGGUGAAGAGCGGUUCGAUAAAAGUGUACGAAGCACUGGAUGGCCUGGAGAUCGCCUACGACAUGUCGCCGUCGCUGCACCGCGUCAUCCGCCGACGGCACAUGGACGUCUACAAUGCGGUGUGGCGGCUCAUGCUGAAGAUCAAGUGGGCGCUCUGGAAGCUGGAGAAUAUGCCGUUUAUUCGCCGGCACAAAGGCGAUCCCUACGCUCCGCUGGAUCUCCUCGGACUGACUGUCCGGCGGCUGGAGAUCCUGCGCUUCUGGCUGAUCUAUCUCAUCAACAGCCUGCACACGCACAUCAUGCAGUGCCUGGGCCAGCGGAUCGAGACCAGGAUCGAGAAGUGCACCAACAUCCGGCAGCUGAAGAACCUUAUCGACGAAUACACCACGGUUCUGAAGAACUUCUGCCUUCUCUCCGACGAGUUUGCCGCCUUCCGCAUCGCCCUCGAACAGCUGUUCCAUCUGGUCUAUGUCCUGGACAUGGAAUGGACCAGUUGCACCAGCUAUCUCAGUGACGACAACGACGCCCUCAGUCUGGAUACAUCGGUGUCGGAUGACGGCAGUCGGGAGUCGAGUGGCAAGGGCCUGGAGUACCUGGCCCUCAACCAGGUGGGUGAGAUCGAGCUGACCUACAUCCGGUGCCAUCAGACCCUCGGAGAGAUCCUCAAUUCCCUGGUCUACAAGGACGAUCAUGGCUUCUUGACUGCCUUGGAGGUGGCCAUCAACACCAGUGUUCCGUAUUAGAAACCACAUCACCCCUAACCACAUCGCAUCUCACCCACAUCCACAUCCACAUCCACAUGCCAUUCCAUUCCAAUCGAAUAAAAAGCCACACAGCUCUGUCA